AUGCUUCCUCGCUGUCUUCCGGGUUUGAUUCCCCGUCGUCUCUUCUCUGCUUCUGCUAGAAUGGCCUCUACCACGCCGUUGGAGGAUGUGAUGCGUGAUAAGAUCGCCCACGCAUUCACGCCCUCGAAACUCCAGAUCCGGAACGAUUCCCACCUCCAUGCACACCACGCUGCUAUGGCAGGGUCGGUCUCGAGGGAGACGCAUUUCCAUGUAACGAUCGUCUCCGAUGCGUUCGAGUCGAAGAUGCAAGCCGCUCGCCACCGCAUGGUAUAUGCAUUGUUCAAGGAAGAGAUGGCUCGGGAGGGUGGACUGCAUGCGCUGCAGCUGAAGACGCAGACGCCAGCUGAGGAGCAGCAUGAGAAGGAGCGGAAGGGAAAGGCAUAG